AUGUCAAGAAACGUCAAAUCAACAUAACCUAUAAUUUUUUUUUUGUGAAUUGAUAUAUUAAAGAAAAUAAUGGAUAAAAGAAUCGAUAUUGGGACUAAACUUGAAAAAGAACAAUCGAAUUUGAACAUAUUAUUGGAAAGAUUAUCGAAGAGUGAGCAAAUCGCAAAAGGAAUAGAUACUAUAUUAAAUACGUUCGAAAAUAGGCUCUCUAAAUUAGAAGGAACUAUCUUACCGGUUUAUAACGAAACCGAUAAUUUACACAAAACGAAACAAAAUAUUGAUAAAACGAUUCAAUUAUUGGAUAAUGUCAUUAAUUAUUACGAAAUUUCUUCAAAAGUUGAAGAUAUAAUCGAGAAAGGACCCCGGGUUGUGACUGAUGGAGGGAUCGAUUUGGACACUUAUUUAAUUUCAUUGAAUAAAUUAUCGAAAGCGCAAAAAUAUUUUGAGAAACACAUUCCCCAAAGUGUAGAGUUAGAAAAUGUUUCCAGCUUAUUCAAUAAAGGAAGCGAUAAAUUAAACGCCGAGUUUAAAACAAUUUUGGAUAAACAUAAUAAGCCCAUGUUACCGGUGGCUUUAAUGAAUCUAAUUAAUACGGAUGAAGAUGGAGGUGUCACUGACGAUAUCAACAUUUUACCCCCUAUUUUCCCCGAUACCAUCAAAUCGAGCUUAAUAACCAUGGCCGAUUGGUUAUACAACAACGGAAGGGAUGAAUAUUUAACGGUUUAUGGGAAAAUACGAGGUGAUGUGCUUCAAAGAUCGUUAACAUCGCUAAAAAAGUAUCAAAAAUCGGUUAGUGGAGGAAGUGUUCAUGGCACUUCUGGUUCACCCAUGUUGAAACCCAAAUUUCAAUCGAAACAAGAAUCAACCCGUAGACCUUCAACUCGGCGUUUACACCAAGUUUUUGAGAAAAAAGCAAAUCGAAUGUUAUUGAGGGCUUCUCAAACCAUCGAGCAAUCAACCGGGUUGAAUUUAGGAGGACGUAGAGCGUCACAUUUAGAUGUUAUGGCAAUCGGAGAAGAACUUGAAAACGAACAAGAAAUGGAAAAUUAUUUAGUUUGCGUCGUCGCGUUACACAAAUUGAUGCAAAUUGAACUCUACGUAAUGAAAGGAAUCAUCGAAUCGACUCAUCAAGCGAGAGUUUUUGAGUUAAUCGUUAAAGAAGCUUUAGAUUCGAUCGUGCAAGAUGGAGAAAAUAUAGCAGCUAGGGCUAAACGGAGUAUAAGUAGGCACGAUUUUAGUUCGGUUUUGGUGAUUUUCCCCAUUUUGAAGCAAUUAAUUGCGUUAAAACCGAAAUUUGAGCGAACUGUUGAGGAAUGCGAUGCAAGAAUUAAAGCGAAAUUCGAUUCUAUCCUUCAUACUCUUCAUUCAACUGGAGUAAAAGCUUUAGAAGAUUUCAUCGAAAGUCUCCGAACCGAUUCAGUGACUCAAUUACCACCAGAUGGAACCGUACAUGAAUUAACCAGUAACGUAUUAAUGUUCCUUGAGCAAUUAUUAGAAUACACCGAAACGAUUGGAAAAGUUUUAUCGCAAGAUCCAAGUUACGAUCUCCAAUACGAUAAAGCAAAAACCAGUAACAAAAAUAAAGUUCUUUUAGGAUUUUAUAUAAAGAAAGUUUUGGUUCAAUUAAAUCAUACUUUAUACAGUAAGAGUGAGCAAUAUAGCGAUCCAGCUUUAAAAGCGAUUUUUCGCUUAAAUAAUAAUAAUUACGUAUUAAAAUCGUUGCAAAGAAGUAAUUUAUUAGAAUUGUAUUUAAUUGCUGAGCCGGGAUGCGAAGAUUUUUAUUACAAAACUAUUCAAGAUCAAAAAAAUCAAUAUUCGACUCAAAGUUGGUCGAAAUUGUUAAAUUAUAUAUCGAUAAAGGAUUGCCCAAUUAAUAUUCAACAUGGGGAUAAAUUAAAGGAUAAAGAGCGAGCUUUUAUUAAAGAAAAAUUUGCUGGUUUUAAUAAAGAAAUAGAAGAUGUGGUUAAAGUUCAACGAGGAUAUUCUAUCCCAGAUGUUCAACUUCGAGAAAGUUUAAAGCGAGAUAAUAAGGAACUUAUUCUUCCUAAAUACAACGCUUUUUAUAAUUAUUUUGAGGGAACUUCGUUUACAAAAAAUCCAGAUAAGUAUAUUAAGCAUAAACCGGAUGAAGUUGCGACGUUGUUUGAUAAAAUUUUUGAUGUUGCUGCUUAAAAUGCUGCUUACAAAAUUUUAUUAUUAAUAAUAAAUAAAUUU